CCCGUCAACAUGCUGUGGUCGCGGACGCGGUAGUUUGUUGGUCGCCCCUUGAAUCCAUGCAGGAAGGCGUGUCCCUGCAUCAUAAUGUCUCUCUCCGUGAGCAGUAAGAACUGGAAGCCCUCAACGAAAGAAGACGGCGGCGCUCUCAAGGACCGGAGUUCUGGACUCAGUCGGAUCCAGCGGCUUCGGCGGCGACUCAGCUGCAGCUUCGGACGACUCUCGCUGUCCAAGGAGGUGAUCCUGCCCGACUACGACACGGAGAACGAGAAUGUGGCUGUGACACGAGUGACAAUGAACGGCUUCGAGAAGAGUGAGAGUGUGGAGGAUGGGACUCUGGACAAUGCACGCAGCUCAACACCCAACAGCAAUGUAGCCGGCCGAGAGCCCAAUGGCAACCUGAGCCCUGUGUGUGAGGACAAGCUUCACUCUGAGCCCCCGGCGCCCUUGCCACCACCUCGAACCUCCUCUUCGCACAGCUACCUCAACAAAGUCUGCAAAAUGGCUGCCCGAGCUGAAGGCAAAGGUGGAGGCCACUGGCCUCGGCCGGCACCACACAGCAGCAGCUUCGAUGAGUGCACCUCCAUGGAGUACCAGCACAUGGCAGCUGCCCGGAAACCUGCACGGCCCAAAUCUGAAAUCUUCUUCUCACAAGAGAAGGGAUCCAAAACACCCCGAUGUCCUUCCAUGACGUUCGAGGGAAACAUGACCUUUGGUAGGAUAGAAGCCUAUGUACGACUAGAACAACUAGGAGAAGGUUCUUAUGCAACCGUGUACAGAGGUUACAGCAAUCUCAUGGGCAAAGUAGUUGCGCUGAAGGAAAUCCGGCUGCAGCCUGAAGAAGGCACACCUUUCACAGCAAUCAGAGAAGCAUCAUUGUUACGGGGUCUAAAGCAUGCUAAUAUAGUGACACUUCAUGACAUCAUUCACACUAAAGACACACUCACAUUUGUAUUUGAAUAUGUGCACACAGACCUUAGCCAGUACCUUGAGAAGCACCCCGGUGGGCUCAACCCCAAGAACGUCAAGCUUUUCCUAUUCCAGCUCUUGCGUGGUCUGUCCUACUGUCAUGAACGAGUCAUUCUUCACAGAGAUCUGAAACCUCAGAACCUUCUCAUCAGUGAACAGGGGGAGCUGAAACUUGCAGAUUUUGGUCUUGCCAGAGCCAAGUCUGUGCCUAGUCGUACUUACUCGCAUGAAGUGGUCACUUUGUGGUACCGGCCACCUGAUGUGUUGCUUGGAUCAACAGACUACUCAACAUCACUGGACAUGUGGGGAGUGGGCUGCAUAUUCAUUGAGAUGAUCACCGGUGCAGCCGCAUUCCCUGGUGUCAAGGACACAACUGAUCAGCUGGAUAAAAUCUGGAGGAUCCUGGGGACUCCUACUGAGGAAACAUGGGAAGGUGUUUCUCGUUAUAAGAACUACAAACUUCACAAAUUUGGCAUGUACCCAGGCCAGCCCCUAAAACAGGCCUUCCCUAAACUAUCGGAAAUACCACAGGCCGACGAAAUUGCCAACAGAUUCCUCCAGCUUCAGCCACAGAACAGGAUCUCAGCUGUGGAUGCUAUGCGGCACAGCUAUUUUGCAGACAUGCCCCCCAAGGUGUAUGAUCUCCCUGACCAGGCCUCCAUAUUUACAGUUCCUGGUUGCAAACUUAGUCCAGAGACUUACAAUCUCCCCAUGUCUGUGAUCAAGGCAGCGGCCAAACUGCGAUGUUAGCUGUGAUAGGACGUCCCCAUAGCCACCCAGUCUCCACCACCUGGGCGUCGGCACCACAAUAGUCACGCCCUUGGGUCACUUUGUUGAAACGUUGACAGGUUUAUCCCUGGAGCGCUUUUUUCAUUCCUGCCAACCAGACGGGGCAAACGGAGAAGCAGAGACAGCUCGUCCACUGAACUCAAAACAGUUUUUAUGAGUGUCAUCGUGGUCUUGUUGAUUGCCCGCUGAAAACAUUUUUAGAGAGGUAACUUAUUUAAGGACUGCCGAGGCUCGCCAAUGUGUGUGCGUUUGUGUGACUGUGUGCUGAGUGUGUUUUGAUGUGUGAGCAUGUGUUUGUGUUAUUAGCACAAGCUGACAAACCACCCCUUGCUUUUCUUACCGUUGUGGGAUGUCUGGGGUGAUUCGAUAUGUGUUUGCUUCAUGCAGUAAACAUCAGUUGCAGCUUACUGCAGGGCAACAAAUGUGUGACAAUUGCCAGUUUUGUGUGCGUCCCACUUACUCUAUGCUUGUGCUCAUGAGUGAGCCUGAAGUUAUCAACCAUUGCUGUUUCAGUCAGGACUGAGCACAACAAAAAAAAGCCUUCUGCUGUAUUUUCCGACAUACAGGCAAUUCUGUUUAGGGUGUUGGUGCAACCACAUGGCUUUUAAGUUUUUUUAUAUGUACUUUCCCCUCAUAUCUAAAUCCUUGGUGAUAAAGUCUAGAUUUUAGGCUGUUUAUGCAGAUUUUUCAUAUGCCUUUCUAAACGGAAGAUUGGAAUACCAUGAAUUUCAGAGGAAGCACCCCCUUUAGACACAAAAUCAAGGGAAAAUUAGAAACCAUUGCUCGGGUCCACACGCACUCGUGAUGGUAGCAUGGAAAUUUUAAUGAUAUCUGCCACUGGUGAGGGGGAUGCUUGCUCAAAUUCUUGCAGUACUCAAAAAUCGUCAUGUGAGCAAGGAAACCUGCAAUAAUGGCUGGAACUUGCCAACAUUUCACUCCCAUACAAUUAACCACGUGUUCAGAGGCACAUUUAGUAGCAACGUCAAUCUCAGUGGUUAGCUGAUUGAUGUCUCAUUUUUUGAGUUUACGAUGUGAAGUAGGAGAGUAUAUAAGCAGCCCUGCAUGAUUUUUUAAUUAAUACCAUAGGAAGAUAAGAAAUUUGAACAAAGUAAAAAACCAUACAGCAGUCUGGCAGCCACUAGACAUGCAGUUUGCAUUAUUCUGCAGAGGUUCUAUUGCAAUUCAAAGAUCCAGUGCAAGAACAUAGAAGCUGUUAACCCACACAGUGCACUUGAAUGUGAGAGGGCAACCGGUUGAUAGUGCAUUUAAGCUUUGUUUCUGUGUUAAGAGCAUACUGUUCUUAGAAAUGGUGCACUAAAUCUUAUAUCAGUUUGGUCCCACUAUUUCUUAAUUCAGUAUUUGAGGAUCAUUCUUGAUGCAACGGGCAGUUCUCUUUCAUCUUCUUUUGCUCGAAUCUCUUGCUUCCUGCUUGAUUCUUUGUGUGCUCAGUUUCUUUUUUUUUAUAUUUGAAAUAGCAGUUUGAUAUACAGGGCUUGCAGCAACAAGCAAAACAACCAAGUUGAUGCAUUGAGAGUCUUCAGCACUUGAAUGCUCUCUCCCUGUUCCUUGCAUUAGUUUUGCUUAAUUAAGCUCUACCAUACUUUAUCUGGUCAGUGAAGCGCAUGUGCAGUUGGUUUUAGGAGUAGCGGUGCACACCCGGUUGGUGUCAUGAGCCCUAGCGUUUUUCUAUAUGAAUGCACGACCGUCCCCACCAUAGAAGCUCGCUUGCCAAUCUUCCCUUGGAGAGCAAAUCGAUCGAAUUGUUUAUAUGGGGUUGGGUUUCGUUGUUGUUUUUUUCCAAUGUAUCUGUGCCGUCCGUGCAAUUUUCUGGGUUUUCUUUGCACACGCGUGUGUAUGCGCAUGGCAAAUUCUGCUCAUUGCCAUUUUUCGUCUACUGUAUCCGGCCUGUGGAGCCUAGGAGCCUACUUGUUGCUUCUUGAGCAAAGCAGCGUGAGUGUAUUUGCUAGUGGCAUCACUCUCGAUCGAACACCCAUGCAAUUGCUCGCUUGGGCUGCAUUACAUUCAUAGUUACGAGCUGGACUAGGAAAAACCAGACAUUGAAAGGUUCCGCAUCUGGAAACUGCGCUCUUUCGCAGUGAUGGAGUGCAGUGGACAUGCAAGCUGCUGCUAGAGAAAACAAAUAUGUGUCAGCCAGAGUUUAAGCACAAUCUUGUCUACCAAAUCUCACUCACGCACUAAUCAGAGCCAGGUCGUUUUUGCAUUUAUUAAUGUGCCUUCUUUCUUGAAGUACUGUUGUCAAAAAAUAGAGCAGGGGCUUAGAAUUGCAGGAUGCAUAAUUUAGCAUUAAUAUGGUGCACAUCUGAACCUGUUAUAUCGAACCCGGAUACUUUGAAUUUUUCGUCAAGCAGUGGAGCAGUAGUGAGGGAGUGGGGUUGUUUUUGGGCUAGUAUGUGCAUGCAACAACAGAUGCGCAAAAGCAGGCACAAUCACAUGAAGGGAGUGCAGAUAAGUGCAUUGUGCACCAAACUGAAAUGUACAUGCCUAAUAUUUAGUAGAGCAAACAGCCUCCUAUAAUGGCAAGUUUUUUUAGCGUGAGAAUUACAAGUGUUGCCUGUCAUGACAUCUUCGUGCACAAAAGCCACACCCAUGCCAUCUCGGUCUACCGGUUCUGGCCUCAUAACUUAUGAGGGCUAAGUGGAGGAGGUUUCAAGUCAACCUUGCGUCAGUGUGUUUUCACGUGCCCACUUAUUUAUUAUCAAAUUAUUUUGCCAUUUUACAGCGAAGCUGUAUAUGACUAGAAUCCCGGGAUUUCUUCAUCUCCAUAUCAAAAACACAACCAAUCAAAGUGGCAGGAGCGCGCCACAUGCAUCGCUGGGUUUCUUGCAGCACCACCAGAUGGUGCUUGCCUCCGCAAAUAUCUGGUGCCACCCUUCAGAGGAAAGAAAAAGAAAGAACCAGAAGGCUCUCCUUAGUGCAUAGUGUUCACCGCAAGCGUCCCCGUUAAAAAUUUCGGUUGGAUAAGCUGCAGUCCCCGGAAAGCGGCAACAGUAGCAUAUGAAGCAGGGAGUAACUACUCGUCGCUACACUUUGAUAUGUAAAAGAAAAGCCCACAUAGCAAGUAAUUUCAUUUGUGUUGUGAUAGCAUUAUGGAAAGGCCACACAUAGUUGGGACUCCCAAAGAGCAGCUUGAACGCGAUGAAUGGCAACGGGAACAGCAACGUUAAUAUGCACAACUUGACAAUAUGCACAAUGAUGUCAUGCUCAGGCUAGGCUGGAUGCAGCAGUUCCUUCCAAAAGCAAGCCACGCACAGUUAGGACGCCUGAAGAACAGCGCGAAUAUGAUGAACGAUGAAAGAAACGGCAAUGUCAGUAUGCUGAAUGGUGUCGUGCUCAGGCUUGGCAGGACCCAAUUCAAGGCUACGUCACAUUGGUCUGUUGGAUCAGGCAAUACCUCAGCUUCGCUGGCCAACCACCUUCACAGCUUGGAUUGGAGCCCAUUUUUUCUAGAAUUUGGUGCGUCAGGUCUGGAUUCGGCAAUUGGAAACAUGGUUCUGGAAGGUGUGUAAAUCUCUUCUAGCUAACUUAACAGUGGUUGAACAAGGGACAUUGCUGGAGGAAAUAUCUUGACAAGGGGACGUUUUCCUGACAAAGUCCCUUAUCUAAAGGUUGUCUCCAGUGACGUCCCUUGUUCAACCACUGUUGAUCACGUCAAGUCUCAUCUUCCUAUGAACUUAUCUUGUUUGGCUAGCUUAAUUUAGGCACACGACUUAAAGAUAGGGGGGGGGGGGGGGACAUUUUGUGAUUGUGACUCUGCAUCUAGUCAGUUCCAUUCAGAAAAAAGUGGUAUAUCUGAUGAUAAUGCUCCAUCAUUUCUGAGGUGUGGCAAAUGUGGCAAAUUUUUCAUUAACAUAAAACUUGUUGCAGUAACACAUUAAUCUUUAACACUUGGCAUGGAGCACGAUAACUUAGCAAACUUCAUAAUGGAAUUGGCCAUUGAGUGUGAACAGAUUGCAGGAUGGAACAAGUUUCAGUGAAUAACAUUUUCUUAUCAUGUGGCAUGAUUGGAGGCACACCACCUCUGUAAAUACAGGGUUAAAAAUGGCCUCAUGCCAAGUUACUAUGUUUGUAAAAGAAAGGCGUUCGCAAAAGAUUGCUCAGAAAUGUCUUGUCUUGUCCUCAUGCCGGGCCCUUAAUGCCAGAUUAUUUCCGGCAAUUUGAAGUGCAUUUGUGUGCAUCUCUAACAAUUUCAGCCAUAUGGCAGGUGCAUUGAAACACUUCAGCAGAAAAAAAAUGGCUGUUAUGGUAGUUUUUGCUCCUUAAUACAAUGCACUCAGUGGUCAAUGUUUGCAUCCAAACUGUUCACGUGCUGGCUAGAAGUGCACCAUGCAAUGUCUACACUGAUGCAGCCGAGCACUGCUACCAGUCUGUCCAAGAAAAGGCGCAUAUGGUAAUAUUUUGCAUGUCUGAGCCUGAAAGAAGUGUAGGAUAAUCUAACUAUCCAUGGGGAGAUGGAGAGUGCCAUCGCUAUUGUACCCGCCUAAAACAGACCCAAGUGGCCCUUUUGUUGAAUAUAUUAAAUAUAUUUAUUUCAUUUCCUUUUGCUAAGACCAUGUUUGUAACGCUUUAUUUUUCUUGUUUGCUUUCAUUUUGAGGUGCUGUCGGUAAAAGCUGUCCUGCGCAUGCAUUUCGUCGACCGUCCAUUGUAAAGAGAUGCACUCGCGAGAGCUCAUUCAUAAAAGAACCGACCGUUUUCCUCGUUCAUCUUUGCCUGUCAUUUUCCUCCAUGUUCACUUCUAUGCAUGCCUUGGACUGACCACUUCCAUGGGCUAUUGUCACUGCCUUCGCACCACACCCAAAAGCAUUACGGGCACCUGCACUGUGCAACAUCUACAUUGUCUCUAGUCCCAGUUUUUGUUGAAGCCUCUCUCAGACUUCCAUUGCACAAAUGCAAUUCAAAUGACAUCAUCCCCUGACAUGGUGGUACCUGGCCUGCCUGCUUCAGAUUGAAUGGGCAGCUGUUUCUAACCCAUUUGCCCCUUUUCACAGGAAGUUAAUUGUGUUGUACACUUUCACCUCAGCAGCAAAGUUGGGUGUUAUCUCAGUGGUCUUCUUGAGACUAAUUCUCAAUAUUGAGGCAGGGAAGCCUAUCCUAUGGUCACUCACCAGCGGUUCAUAAUGUCACUGCAAUUAAAUGGUAGCGCUAUGUGUCACUGCUAUGGCGAAACACUUCGUGCAGUAACACCAUCGUUGUGUUGCAGAGAAAUCGGCAUCUUUUGAGCCAUGUCGACACACGCAUGAAUUGGCGUUGCUUCAGGCAGAAUAUGCCAGCAAAUAUGCUCCUCUUGUUCAUGCAUCAACACUCGGAUGCACCACAUCGGUCUUAUAAAAUAUUUCAUCACUCAACGCAUCCUACAUGCGUGAGCUUCUCAUAGCUAAACUUCACUUUCACUUACCUGUUUGACAACUCUGCAUGCCUCCAUCAGGAACAAUGGCUGCAUUGACGUCAAAGAAUUCAACAGAGCUCAUAGCUUCUGUGGGUAACCUACUUCGCUUCAGAAUUCAAAUAGCCCUUUUUUUCUCUCUCUCUUCCUGGUUGACACCCUGUCACAUGAGCACUGCAACAUCAAUCACUUGAUUAGGAGACUUCAUGGCAACUAAUUGUCAGGAGAGCCAUGGGACCUGUUGUGACAUUAAGGCACUGGCAGUAUAGGGGCAGAAUAGCUGUAUGGAUCGAGAAGCAGGCAGAAUGGAAAGCCGCAGCUCCCCCGGGUGCAAACUUAAAGACCAUGAAAAGACUGUGCGGUCACUAGUCGCAUUCACUUUUUUUGUACAUGGGUUCUGGCGCCAAGUCUGUGCCAGUGCCAUUAUCCCAAUCUGUUAAUGUGAAUCUCGGGGUGUUAUUCUCAACCAUGUCAAACUUCAGCUUCUUGUCAAAUCUGUGGUGCAAGCAGUUAUAAUCGUUCUCCUCCGCAUGUUGUGAAACACUUGUGAUAAAUGUGACCAAGUAUCACAUAGGGCGCAACUUUCAUAUGACAUUAAAUUACCUUUUGGGGUGGCAGAACUCCCGUGUACCGUGCAUUGUGUGCACGUUAAAGAACCCCAAGUGGUCGAAAUUGGAGUGCCCCAGUAUGGUGUAUCUCAUAAUCAUAUCGUGGCUUUGGCACGUGAAACCCCAGAAUUUUAAUUUACCUUUUGUGCUGGAUCGCUAAGGCGUCAUGUGCUGACACACAUUUGCACCUAAUGUGGCUUUGUGCAUGGGUGUUCGUUCGAGGAAAGCCGAGCGUUUGCCACGUAUAAGGUUGACCAUGUUCUUCUAGAACAUGGGCCUUCACUGGUGCAAUUCAUCACAUAGCUGUAGUGAGACGUAUUGCAGCUGGCUGCCAUUUCAUUUCUCCUGGGUGCCGUUCAUGAUGAAUCCCGUGUUCUAGUAUAUGUGGUCGACCCUGUACGUUUUAUCUUGCACGAGCACGCCUGGCUGGGCUAGAUAAAUCUGUCCAUGACAUUCUAGGGUGGCCUGAAAUACCUCUGGUUGCUGGGAGACCAUGGUCUAUGAGAAAUCUGUCUCGUUUGCCAUGUGUCUAUACGUCGAGGAAUUGUAGCCUACACCUUAGCCUGCCCUGCUGUAAACAGACAUGUAUGAAAAGUGUUUUCCAUUGAGUUUCCUACCCGCUGCUGUUAUUGAGAUACCGUUUUGUGCGAGCGCCUGAAACCUGUAUCCUUGUGCUUAGGAUGUAGAGCGCUUGUAACGAGUUGCGGUGUCCUCGUUGAGCCCUCUUGAUGUCCGCGGGCUUGUAGUGCUUGUUGUGCCCUCAAGUGUUAAGCCGGUGUACUUGCGGCAACCUUUUAAGCCGCUCUCAAAAGGAAUAUGGUCGUUCUUGGAGAAGAAAAAAAAGAAAUGCUCAAAAAGUGAAUGCUUGAGUCCCGUGGGCAAGGCUGUCAAACAGUCUGUGGGGCUGACGUUGAUUUCCAUGCUUGGGAGGCACCCCUGGGCAAAGAAAUUUGUUGUGUUCAUUGCGGCGACAUGUAGUCCGCUCGUUUUAGGUUGCCGUACUUCGAUGUGCUUCAUGUUGCCUUGACCUGUGGUGCGCCGAACCGAAACUGCAGCUCGCCAUGUGGCAUGUAAUGUUUUGUCUGCCCUAAAGUUACAGAAAUUUGCCAUGUCGCCAGUCUCUCACUUUGUAGCUCUCUGAAUCGAAAAAGACUGUGCACUUGGGGUGAUGAAACAUGUUGUUUUUUUUUACUUUAAUAUAUGCACCAGGCUUAGCGUUCACCAGAGGACAUGACUGCGGGCAAUGAUAACCACAGCUAACUGAUUUGUCAUGUGUUUCAUUUUGUCCUGGAUUACUGGAUUAUUUCUUUGUUAGCGUCACAUGGAUAAUUUAGCUUAAUUCAUUGGAUGUAAAUUCAGAAGCCUGCCAUUCUUUAAAAUUGGGCAUUUAUGAAAGGUUCACACUUAUCAACCGACGAACACAGAAAAGCAUACUUCACAGUUUUCCGUGCAAUUUGAUGACUCUUUUGUUUUACUUUCUGGUCACUCCACCUAAGCAUCAGCCAGGCUUGAACACGCAUAGGAUAUGUAAGGCAUUCUGUAUGACCGAGCACCUAGUCUGGCUUCUUAUUACGUUUUGAUGCUAUGGCAUUCGGCAGUUGUGAUAGAGGGCAGCAGAAGUAUGUGUAACCACACAAGAUGGGGUUCUUAUUUAUUAUUCUUUUACCGUCGCUGCCGUCUUUCGCAUGACUACUUUUAUGUUAGGUCUUCAUUUAUGAGGUACCUGUGAAACAGAGACGUGGAGCACAGAGUUCGUAUAUGUGACAUGCAGAGCUUUAGUCCAGUGUCACAAAAUCGAGUACAAGUUGAAUUCUGCUUGAAUGAGUUUUGGGCGGUGAGGGUUUUGAACAAGGCGAGAUGUGGCAUGUUAAAUCGCCUUCAUGCUGGCCGAAGGUCAGAACUGCGAUCUGUAGCAUGCCAGACGUAUCGCUUUAUAUAGGGAACCGUUAAUAUGCAGUGUAUGCAACUUGUCUUUGAUUUUCUCUCGCUGGUGUGGCUGGUGCAGGGACCCGAAUUCUUGAAAUGGCAGCGAGGCCUUCGGUCGCCCCGGGUUCAAGGCAACCUGGAGAGCCGCGCUCGUUGUGUGUGGCACCUUUCAUUCCCAGUGCACAUUUGCUCAUUGCAUAUUGGUUGGAGUGUAAUGGAUCUGCUCAUUGGUCUGAAAAGAUAUUAUGUUGUGAUAACGGCGUGCUUGCCCCACUAUUUAAGGGUCGUGGCACUCCUUUCAGCACAGUGCUGUGUGUGCUUGUGCGAUGAAGUAUAUAUUAUACUAUGUAUACCCCGUGAGAGAACUUGUCGUUUUAAGUCAUGUUGCUCGUUUACCAUCUGUUUACCAUCUGGCUGUUCUGUUCCUUGACAGCAGCAAACUUGUGGGGAGGGAGGGGGGAUUCUUAUGCUGUAUGCUUCAUGUUUCACAUAUCCAGUAUGUGGUCAAAUACACAGUGGCUGGUCACCGUA